AUGACGCAAGCGGAACCGCUGCCUGCCGGGCACCGCGACACACUGGUGCCUGAACCAGGACACCCUUCAGAAAUCAGUGGCGAAGAAACUGAUGACCUCGUCACACUGAAAAGCGUCGAUAGUGCGUCUGCCCCAGCAGCUUGUCACGCGUCCCACUGCUCCGCAAGUACCAGCGGUGACCUUAGCAGCGACGGCAGCAGUGACCAGGGGUCGCCUCGCUCGCGAGCUGACGUGCGAGACGAUGAAAUCCCCAAAACGUCCCUCUUAGAGGCGGAGGACAUCAAGGCUGAAGCCAAUUUGAGCACAUUUGAAACGGAGGUGCCGAUGAGCCCGCCAGGCGGUGAGGAAGAUCCUUCACAGCGCGCCUUGCUUCACCUUGAAGCCGCAGAAAAUACAUGGCAGACCGGUCGCAGUCAAGGCGCGGAGAAACUAGGUGUAGCGGGCAAAGAAGGCGGUAUGCCCUCACCCGAUGACUUGAGAGAAGGACGCGGAGCGGAGAGAAGCGAGGUGCAUGCGCUGCCUUCUCUGGCGUCGCCUUUCCCCGGGUCUCUAGAGCAGUCGACGUCGUCCCCGCGUCUGGUUUCUUCGCCGAUAAGAGCACCGCACGGCGGCCGGCCACUCUCUCCGCCGGUCCUUCCCCUCCGCGGAGCUUCCCUGGUGGCAUCUGGACCCACGUCUCUUCCUUCUUCCUCUCCGCCUUCAUCCGCGCCUGAGUCAGCUGAGGAGUCUUCCUGCAGCUCCUCUCCCACGUCCAAUCACGAAGGCUCUUCUGCCUCCUUGCCUGCAAAUAUCCCUGCGUCGGUCCAGCUGGUUGCGCCGUCGUCGCGUCGCGUCUCACCGUAUCCACUCCCUCCGGCGCCGGCGCCGAAAGACGCCACUGCGUCACGCCCCAUCGAUUUAAGCCAGUCCGACUCAGCGGCGUCUCAGCUGCUGACAGUUCCAAAAGCUGACGGACAGAGAUUCCAGCACACUCUCUCCGCUGCCCCUCCCUCGGCGACUGGACCAACGACGCAUGACGGCGCUCCAGAGGAGGCGAGCCAGCGGCCGCGGCCUUCCGCAGGCCGCACCACCUUUUCUAAGCUUCUCGCAGAAUACGAGGCGGCCCUUCGCCUCGUGCGGGCUCGGGAGAAAGCCCAGCAGUACGUCGGCGAAAUAGCCCGCAAACGACAGGCAGGGGCAUCCGAAGACGAAAUUGCCGCCUGGCUGAAAAAGCUGCCCCGUGAAGAUUUUAAUCUGCUGCUAAGGUACGUUCGGAAGCUGGCAGGGCCCAAAGUUUUGAGGUCGACGGAAGGGACUGCCGGCGCCGCCAGAUUCUCCGAGGCCUCUGCACUGCUGGGGCCAGAUCGCCCCGCAGCCCUCGGGUCUCACGAUCGCUACCCUCGAGACGGGGCCCACGCUCAACCUCCUGGAAGACCGACUGAGCGGCCUCACUCGCCGCCAGGCCUGCACUUCCUUUUGUCUGCUCGGACACGUAACGAUCGCUGGAGCGCCGAUGUAGCCGGACUCGAACGGCACUUGCGUUCAGCUGUUCAGUGUGCCGACGCCUCUGCCGGUGCGAGUUCGGCGGCGCUCAACUUACUGCCGGACUUGACUCCCGUGCGUCAGGCGGUGCAUCGAACACCCGCUGAAGAAGAGGAGCAUCGUCCCUUCGAAGAAGAGCUGUACGAAGCCCGGAAAAUGGCUUUCCACCGCCAGGAGGCUGCGCGCUACGGAGGCUACGUUUCGUGUCUUGCGUGCGGAUGCACAGUGUGUGGGUGCUCGAAGUUCUGCGAAGGUCAGCCCUCGUGGGUGUCGACGCUUCUGCUCACUUCGCCCCCCGGUUCGUUGGCGUGGGCGAGACAACUUGAAGGCGAGUUCGACAAGAAAAACGCCGAGCGCGCGGCUGCUUCCGGGAAAGUGAAAGGCGCACCUGGUGGACGGCCUCAGAAGAAGACAGAGAAAGCGACGUGCCACGUCUACAACACUCGCUGCUCAUCAGGCGCUUCCGGUGGGAACUUAGCCACUGCAAAUGGGAUGGGAAGCGGAAAAGGCAGUCUGCACUCGGAAGCUCCUUCGCUGGCUGGUGGAAACGGAAAGACAGCCAACGGCGGACCGUGGGCAAGCUGGAAAGGGUGGGCGCGGCGGUCGCAAACGCCGAAACAGCGGCGAACGAAAGAUUCAUCUGAAUGCGGUAUCCGGGAAGCAAACACCCUCAGUCAAGGAGAAGACGGAAGCGAGGACGAGGGGAUCCCGUCGUCGGCAAAGGAGUCAAGCGUUUACUCUCUGCCUUCCCAUGAGCACAGCACUACUCUGCGCCACAACAGGGGCGUUGCGUCAGCGACGGCCCCACCAGGAAGAACGCUCAACUUUCUGGAACCGGAUACGCUCCCGUGCUUCUCGGCCUCUGGGAGAAGAAGGCACACUGGGCUUCAUCAGGACAGGAGACCAGAAGAAGGUAUGACGAAAUUGGCUGCAGCGUAUCCAACUGGAUUCAAGAAUGUGCCGGCCUGCUCGCGGACCGCGAGGAGACAACCGAUUUCUUCGGAGUCGUCUUCAGAUCUUUCGUGUCUCCGUCCAGGCGCACAGGCUUCGUCUUUCAAGGAGCCGAAUAGGUUGCGUGGCAAAACUGGGGGAGAACCAAGAAACGGAAUUGGCGAGGUUCGGCAGGGGAAGCGGGCACGUCAAUCGGCGGAGUUUCAGAAUGACGGCGUUCAGAGCAAGAGGGCACGCACCUCGUCUCUACGUGGAAAUGGUAAAAAUGCGAGUCUGUCGGUUCGUGAGGCUCGCGACCCGAAAGGAACUGAACUCGUGCGACAGCGGGCUGCAAAGGCUCUGGGUCAUAAAGAGGGUACCCAGUGUCUGUCUGGGGUAAGUGACCCCAGCGGAACGGCCUUAAAAGACUCACUCCCGAAUUCUUGGAAAGAAGGCCAGCUUGGCGCGAGCUCGAGGCCUGCUCCCGGAAAAGGAACCCUUUUCCAGAGACGUCAAUUUCGGGUUCACCAUAUGAUUCCAGAGCCCCAAGUCAAGGAAGGGCUGGUCUUCAAUCCAACGCCUGCUCAGUUCAAUAAGUACCCGAAAGCGAGAGGCGUCUGGUUUGACCCCCAUAGAAAUCUCGUCAGAACAUGCUGGAAAGAGAACGGCAAAGCCAAAACUGUCGGGUUCCCAGUCGCCAAGUUUGGACUGGACGAAGCCAGGUUCUUGGCUGUCCAGCUCCACCAGUUCAAAUGCCCGGAUGAUCCUGUUCCGAGUGAUCUACAAGGCAAGCUUCCGACGGUCCCCCGCCAGGAGUUCGAGUGGUGCUAA